CAAAGGUGCCAAAAGGCAGCAUUCACUGUGGGGGCUGCGUAAGUAUUAAAUGACAAUAGAAAGAAAGAGAGGAGAGAAAGGAAGUCGUUAUUUUCGAAACCUGUUAAAAUAUAUGUAAUGGAUGCUCACAAAGUUUCUAUUAUCACUACUGGUGCGCAUAAAAGUGCAAUGUUGGCAAAUUGUAUAGAAGAAGGUGUAAACCAAAUGUGGGCAGUAUCAGCAAUUCAAAUGCAUCCUAAAGGCUUAGUUGUAUGUGAUGAAGAAGCUACAAUGGAAUUACAUGUGAAGACAGUAAAAUAUUUUAAAUCAAUUGAACAAGUACAUCAAUCACUUAUUGGAAAAAAAAAAGAAAACUUGAGUUUACAAGGAGAGCUUUUAAUAUCUCCAGCUAAAACGACUGUUAUCAGAGAGAAAUGAGCUACUUGUAAGACAAGGAUUAAAGAAUGAAUAGGAUUAUGUAUCAGAAGAUGAACUGGAUAGAGACGAUAGACCUAAGCGAAACAAAAGAA